AUUUCAGUUUCUAGACCACAUACUGUGAUCCACCAAGAUCGCCCCCGUCUUUGCCGCAGCCCUGCCCCAGAGGGAAAACCAUGGCCCAAGCGGCGGCAUUGGCGGCCGCGCCUCUAAGGAACUCCCCUCGCCCCUGGCUCUCUUCCCUCCUCUUCUUCACCCGAAAACCCUCCCCUCUCUCCUUCUCCUCCUCCACCUCCUCCGGCUCCCGCGGCCCCCGCGGCCUGAGGCCCCUCGGCGCUCCUGUGCCCGAGGACGAUGACACCGAUUCCGACGCCCCCCCGACCGCCAAGAAGAGCCGGAACGAGCUCAAGAGGGAGGCCCGCCGCGCCGUCCAAUGGGGGAUGGAGCUCUCCACCUUCUCCCCCCCUCAGAUCAAACGCGUCCUCAGGGUUGCUUCCCUCGACCGCGAGGUCUUCGACGCACUCAUGCUCGUAAAGAGAUUGGGCCCGGACGUCCGAGAAGGGAAAAGGAGACAGUUUAACUACAUUGGAAGACUGUUGCGGAAAGCACAACCUGAUUUGAUGGAUGCUCUAAUUCAGGCUUCUAAAGAUGGUGACAAUAGUAGGCUGCUUGCUUUCUCUGGUCAGGAAACAUGGUCUAUUGAAGAUGAUGAAGAGGAAGAAGAAAUCACAUAUGAGGAGGAGGAGAGUGAGAACUAUAUAGAAAUAGCAGCCAGAUGGUUUGAUGGCCUUGUUUACAAAGAUCCAUCAAUUACGAAUGAAGUGUACUCAGUUGAAAAUGUCGAAUUUGAUCGUCAGGAACUGCGGAAGCUUGUUCGUAGAGUACACUCAAUCGAAGGCCCCCAGGUUGACGAAAAUGGGGCAGAAUAUGAUGCUAUGCUGACUGAAGCAAAGAAGCCUCUCAUUCGCUUCUUACGUUCUUUAGCAAAGAAAUCAUUGGCUGAACAAAAUGGAAAUCUGUCUUAAAAUUUUCAAAAGCAGAUUCUGAUGAAGACAAGACAGCCGUGGCUCCUUUCAUCUGCAACCUGUCAUUGGCAUUAUAGAUGCGAACUUCCCCCGACCACUCAGAGCCGGACCUUAUCUUGUUUCCAUUGUGAAAUGUUGAGAUCUGGAGCUGUGGCUGAUUAUAACCACUUUGGCCAUGCCUGUGGUUGGCUUGGAAUCAAUUCCCACUUGACCGAAAGUAUGUGAUUCCUGAUAAGCUAGCUCUAGGGACAACUCAUGUCUUGCUUUGAAGAAUGAUUGGAUACACCUUUUUUUCGAUGAUUAAUCAUUCAUUUCCAUGAUUUCGUGUGAAGCAAAA